AUGGCGAUACCUAUACCCGCGAGCUUCUGGCGUGGCGGCACCAGUCGAGCGCUCAUGCUCAGAGCCAAUGCUAUUGCCUCUUACAGUCCAGCGAUACGAGACAAGAUCAUCCUAGCCGCCAUGGGGUCUCCGGACCCCGACGGGCGUCAGAUAGACGGUCUCGGCGGCGGCUACUCCUCUGUUUCCAAGACUGUUGUCAUCUCUCAGCCUGGCGAAGGUCUGGAUCAACAGCGAGCUCAUGGUCGAUUGCCAGGCCCCGACUGGGCAGAUGAUGCAGACAGGACGAACGCGUACGAUGUGGUCUACCGGUUUGCUCAGGUUGGCGUUCGUGAGCCAAAGCUUGACUGGGCAGCUACGUGCGGCAACAUGCUCAGCGCGGUAGCAGUCUCUGCAAUUGAUGAUCGUCUUGUGCCCGAGUCUACGCUACGGAACCGGCUGAAUGAAUCAAAAGUCUCGCUCAGGAUACUUGCGAAUACAGGCACGAUAUUCACUGCACAUGUGCCUGUCAAUGCAGACACUUUGCGUGUGCCAGAGACAGAGGAUGCGACAGGCUAUGCUCUUGCGGGCGUGCCCGGCUUAGGCUUGCCUGUAGAGCUCGAAUUUCCUCUGGACCCUGCGAGCACGGGAGCGUUCACUGGCCGAACCGUCGAUACAGUCCCACUCGCCGGCAGAGACGUGCCUUGUUCGAUGAUCACCGCCGGGCUGCCAAAUCUCUUCGUACGGCCUGAAGACCUUGGAUUACCUCUUGAUACUCUCACGCGCUCGCCUGCCGAUCUGGACAGCGAUGAUCAGCUACGUGCCAUUAUCGAAAACUUCAGGCACGCUGCAGCUCAGAUCCACGACCUUACGAAGCUACAGUAUAGCGCUGCAUCGCCUAAAGUCUGUCUAAUCGGAGGUGCUCGAGACUACACGACCACAGGCGGUGAGACUCUCAAAUCGAACGAUUUCGAUAUCAUCGUUCGCGCCUUCUCUACAGGCGAUGCCCAUCGAUCUGUGCCUGGGACAACUCUGACCGCUCUAUCGGUUGCACGCAGCAUAAAGGGCUCACUGGUCGAAAGUCUCUGCCUGGCAAACGACCAAGCAGUCCAGAGAAUACGUGUCGGUCACCCAGCCGGCGUGGCAGAGUCUGCAGUAGUGGUGAGCGGAGAAGGAGCAGCAACGGCGGUACUCAUGACACGGACGGCUAGAGAGAUUAUGCGAGGCGAGGUCAUGAUACCCAGCAGAUGCUUCGAGAAGGACGAUCAAUAG